GUCUUCUACUUUAAUAGGGUAAAAAGGAUUUGUUUAAUAUUCCAUCAAGAAAUGGAUCUUUUCCACCUACAAAAAGCAAUCCUUACGAAAUUGUUAGCCUCUCAUCCUUCCAUACCUUUCAUCAAUUACAAUUAAACCUUUAACCUUCUUAAUUUCACCAACCAUAAAAAAAGGAGGAAAAUUUCACCACCUUCCCUUAAUCCAUUUCAACAACCUUAACAACCCUAUACUCUCCAACUCUUCCUUUCCUUUUUCUUUCCCUUUUGGUACUUCUUCCUUCCCCUAAAAUAUUUUUCAAAAAUUCCAAAUAAUAAUAAACUAAAUUAAAACAAAAUAAAAAAAAACGCGUCAUAUAGAAGAAAUACUACUGAAAUAAGCUUCCCUCAUCUUUCUCCUUCACCCACACCGCCCACCGCUUUCACAACCAGCCAUCUCUGCCUUCUUCACCUGAACAAUUUUCAUCCUUUUUCUCCAUUUUCGUUCGGAUUUGCCCUUUUCUGCAGAGACUAUUACUAUUAAGGGAAGGAAAAGGAGGAUAUAAUAACCCAUAUUUGGGAAAGGGAAGAUUGGCUGUGUUGGAUGGUUCAUCAAUUGUUGUAGAUUUGAUUUGGUUUUGAUUUGUUCUUAGUUUUGAGUUUGAGGGGAAAAGAAAAAACAACCUCGGAUUUCCAGAACCCAUGUGGCUAAAGCGAACGCAAUCUAAUAUUCGGGUUCAUAAUCGGAAUUUCUCUUGCUCAUCUUUUAAGGACAUCCAAGCUCUCUGCGCCGACGAUUUUAAUUCCGACGCCGCCGCCGCCACCGCCACCACCGCCGCCGACCCUCAAAGUUCUCCGAGAACCAGAAGGUCCAUAUUUCACCGGGUCCGGCUUGCUAAUUCUGUCCUUCGCGCCCUUUCUUCGUCGCCGUCCCUCGAAUCCUUGACCGAAGCCAAUGGAUUCGCCGGUAAACCCCCGUUGGUGGAUGCGCCGUCUAAGAAAUUGCCCGACGAACUUCAGCCGGAGCCGUUGAUUUCAUUCCCCGGUGCCGAGAAGCGAGUCGUCGUGUACUUCACGAGCCUCCGGGUGGUGCGGUCCACGUUCGAGGAUUGUAACGCCGUCCGAUCCAUCCUACGUGGCUUGCGGGUAUUGGUCGACGAACGAGAUGUGUCAAUGGAUUCUAGGUUCACAGGGGAACUGCAGAAGAUUCUGGGCAAGCAUGAGAAGUCGAAACUGACCCUUCCCAGAGUUUUCAUCGGCGGGAGGUACAUUGGUGGCGCCGAGGAGAUCCGGCGGCUCAACGAAAUCGGCGAGCUCAAGAAGUAUGUGGAGGGCCUCGCCGCUGCACCGCCCGGCACGUGCGAGGUUUGCGGUGGGUAUAGAUUUAUCCUGUGUGACAAUUGUAGCGGAAGCCACAAAUAUUAUAGUGAAAAAGGUGGGUUCAAGAGUUGUACAACCUGCAAUGAGAAUGGUUUGAUCAGGUGCCCUUCUUGUUCUUGUGCGCCUUUUUGAGCCAUCCGAUUAGAUUGUGUUGAUUGUGUUGUGGUUGAUAUUUAGUAGUAUAAUUAGAUAGGGAAAGAAAGGUGGUGGCUUUUUACACUUUGUUCUUUCCCCUUUCAAUGGUGGUUUGUUGGGAUUAGCUUUGUAAUUUGGUUUUAAUUUAGGUGUCAAAUGCAAUGAGUGAAUUGCUGAUGUAGUAACUAAUGUGACUGUUUUGUUUUCUAAAGCUAAUCUUUUAUAGAGUAAUCCACAAAGAUGUUGGGAAUUCAGCAAUCAGAGAUCGUGACGUAGAUAAAAGUGUGCCCUUUUUUGGGUUGGGAUUUUGGUAUUUUUCCACUUAAAAUUUUGGUUCAUGGACCCAAUGCAGUGCAUCUUCAAAUUUUGUUAAUUAAAUGGCACUUUGUUCUAGUUAGUUUUUUCUCCUUUUCUUUUCUUUUCUUUUAGUUCUUACUUUUGGGUUGUGUAUUCUUCUGGUUUCAAAUGUGAUUGUCAAUUCAUAUUUAGCUGAAGAUUUUGCCAGAAGUUCAGACAAUAGUAGGCUUCGAUGUUUUGUUAUGGGAAGAUGCUUAAUCGAUUUCUCCUAGACCUGCUGUCAAAUUUUAGGAGACUUGCUUGUCUUAGCCCCUGAAUUUUCCUUAUCUCUAUGUGGUGAUCUAGUUUCAGUCAUUAGCAAGCGGAAAACACCCUCGUGUCUCUAGGUUCUUGAUCCAGAAAUGAUGCACUAAUUGAAGAUUCCCUAUACCCUAUAACCUACGCAUUAUUUUUUCACUCUGGUAUUGUCUUUCAAAUAUGGCCUUGUGGAUUCUGAUAUAGGUUUACACAGAUGGUGCCGUUUUUUGUGUCAUUUGUUAAUUUGUAAUUUUGUGUUGUGAGUGAUGACCGGCUUAUAUUCAAGAUCGCUUGUGUUUUUCUCAAGUGGUGUCUGUUUGAUGUAUUUUGAUUGUUCUAUGUUUCUCUGUUGAUUAAUCAAACUAAAGGAGGUUGAAAAUGAGAGCAAUGGGGGGAGUAGGUGAUUUUGGCUGGGGAACCUGAUUUCCCUUUUGUCAUCUGGUGUUUGGAAUAGAAAAUUGAGGUUUAGAUAGGUGGGCAGAUCACCUUUUAUCUUCACAAUCAUUUGGACUUUGGUCAUGUUAUCGGAAACUAGGAAGGGGAAACGUCUGGGAAAAAUUAACGCUGGGUGUUGUACAAAUCAUAGUUUGGUUGAGGUGUUUCGUAGUUGAUUCUUGUUUGUUGCUGUUCUGAGUUUGAUUUUGAAGAAAGUCUGGAUAUCAAGUUAUACGGCCUUAGUUUGGGGGAAAUGAUUUUUACUGUUUGAGCAAGGUCAUGAAACAAUUUCAAAGUUCAUUCAGGCCAAAUUCUUGGUGCCUUGUUAGAUGCUUCAUACUAGUAGCUUUUUCUGCCUACAUUCAAUAGCUGUUUUGGUUCCAUGAUCUGCAAAUAUUAUUGCUGGCCAGAGAUGUAGAUAUCUGCAUAUGCCUCAAGUACUGCAUGGUUGGAGUAGUUGAGAGAAAAGAAAAAAUGGAUCAAUAAUUCCAGUUAUGUAGUUGUAAUUGAAAACAUCUCUGUUAAUGUCAACUGGCUUUGCCUCCGUGGUGGGAUCAGAUGAAUAAUUGAGUACUUUUAGGUAGGACACUAUUUACUUUGUAGGCUUUGGGUGUUUGUGCUUUGUUCUUGUGUCCCUCUUUGAAGUAAUCAUGUCCCAUUAGUGAUAGCAUGAUGAUAAUUGAUAAGUAUGG